CUUCCUUUAAGUUGAGGGCUUUUGGCUGACAAGGAAGACACAGCCCCUCCGGGUUUGUCACCCCAGGCCCCACCACACUAUCCGAGAUCGAGCAGUCUUCCACUCCACAUCGACCAGACGGCCGUCUCGGAUAAUUGAAUAGCGCCUGUGCCUUUAAGAGUUUGAGAACAGCUUUCUGGAGGACUUCGCUGAGCGUCGUAGCGAAGUUAUCGCGGUGUCCACCACCACGCACACCCACAAGUGUCUGUCCACACCAACCCGAACAAACUGAAGGAACACAAGCGGGCUCCUAAUUCCGUUAGAACACAAACAGCGAGAGAAGCGCACAGGCAGAGACCCUCUGAAUAUGAUGGAGCGAGGUGGCCUGCUUGGUUGACCUCUUCCAGGUCCCAGUGAUGGACAUUUCUUCGCCUGCAGACGUCCCGGCCCUUCCCAGAACCCAUGUUGGUCGUUAUGGCAACGCUGGAUGGUAACACUCCAGUUGAGACUCUGCUGGCCACCAUCCACCUAGGACGAUACCUGGGCGCAUUCUGUGAUGCUGGUCUGCUAUUGGCCAGAGACCUCAACCACCUUGACAACGAUGCCCUGGUCAGCCUGGGCAUAGCUGCCACCGGACACCGGAAACGAAUACUGCGAUUGCUCAGCUACAUUCAGAGGAGCAAUGAAAGUUCAAUGAAAGAAACCCCCAAAGCCAACCAGACACCAGGGGUGGAGCUCUCCAUAGACCGUCGGCAGUCCCAUCCAGACACUCACUGGUUGGACCCGGGAAAGCCGCGGCCCUCUCCGCAUCCGAGGAGACCCGAUACCUUCGAGGCGUUGCGCAACAGCUCGGCGCCCAACCUGGCCGCCAUGUUGACCUCCUGCUCCGCGGACUCCCCGAGCGUCGGCGCAGACAAACCGGCCGGCGCCAAACCGGUGCCCAAACCCAGAACGGUGUUUAACCGACGCCGCACGGCCCCCGUACAGUUUCCCUCCCCGGGGCCGGACCCCCCGGCUCAACCCCCCCGACGUCUCUCCCAGGAGUCCAUCGGCUCGACCGCGUCGGAGGGUCCGAGCCCCCGCAGCCCCCGCCCCCCCCCUCGGCACAGCCUGGCCCAGGGGGCUCGGCGGUCCAGUUGCAGUUCGCUCCAGUCGGACCCGGGGGGGGCGGUGCCUCCCGUCCCCCCCAGACUGAGCCGUGGGUGUUCCUCCGCCGCGUCGGAGGCGGUCUCCCAGUCCUCGUGUUCCGCCGGACGGACCGACCACAAACACAUCACCUCCCCCCCCUCCUCCCUCUUCUUCACUCCCCCCUCCUCCCUCCUCUUCACUCCCCCUAGCCCCGACCGCACACACCGGCUCUCCGGAGCCUCCCCGUCCAGCUCGCCCCGGGGCGACGGGGUGGAGAUGGUCUCCAACGAGAUCUACUGUGGCACUUUACCUGCCUCUGCCUCCCCUGGUGGUGGGAGGACGCACUGCAGCCAGCAGAACGUUCCCUUACCCCCGCCCAGACAACCGCUGGAGAGACGCACGUCUGACCGGAACAGCAGCAGCACUUUAAGUAACCGUUCCUCGGGGUCGACCAGGGCUUCGAAUGAAGACCUGGACCACGACAUCAGCCCAUACUGUGAAACCGUCUACCAAAGCAGAAAACCUCAUCCGAAUGAGGACCAGAGAACCAAGUCUAAUGGGAGGGAGACCAGGAGAGACGCAGACCAAAGCCCGGAGGAAAACAGGUCUCACAAGCUGUCCUGGCACAAGCGCCUGUCCCAGGCCCUCCACACCACCACCUGCAGCACCGACGCCCAGGGCUACAGCACGGUGGGAGAGCCCCUCCCCCCCGCGGCUCCCUCCCACGCCCGGCCCGGCCUGUACCCCGCCGAGACGGACGAGGACCUGGUCAUCUCCCCCUACGCCAGCUUCACCUCCCUGUCCGAGCCCAGCGCGCCCAUCAUCUGCAGCUGGCUGGACAAGCUCUCUCCUCAAGGCAAUUACGUUUUCCAGAAGCGCUAUGUGAAGUUUGACGGCAUAAACCUAAUGUACUUUGGCAGCGAAAAGGAUAUCUACCCCAAAGGAGUUAUCCCAUUGGCUGCCAUCCAGAUGGCCCGUUCUGCAAAAGACAACAAGUUUGAGAUAGUGACCAACCACCGAAUCUUUGUCUUCCGCGCUGAUAAUGAAGUCCUGCGCCUGCGCUGGGUGAGCACCCUCCAGGAGCGCGUGAAGCGGGAGCUGGUGUUCGGCCGGCAGCGCUACCGCCCCGGGGCCCACUGCCAGAAGCACGGCUUCCUGGAGCUGAAGGGAACCAAGGCCAAGGUGUACACCGCCAUCGCCACCGAGCACAUCUGGCUGUACAAGAGCGAGCAGUGUUUCCAGGACGGGAUCGGCAUCACUCUGAUCGAGGCCCGGGGCGCGACCAUCAGGGACGCCAAACACAAAAGCUUUGAGCUCAUCACUCCCUACAAAACCUUUGGCUUCACGGCGGACUCGGACCAGGAGAAGCGGGGGUGGAUGGAGGCGCUGCAGGAGUCCAUUGCAGAGACUCUGUCGGACUACGAGGUGGCGGAGAAGAUCUGGUCCAACCGCUCCAACAGGACGUGUGCCGACUGCAAGGCCGUCCAUCCCGACUGGGCUUCCAUCAACCUCUGUGUGGUCAUCUGCAAGAACUGUGCAGGGCAGCACAGGGGACUGGGAACUAUGGUGUCCAAGGUGCAGAGCCUCAAGCUGGACACGAGUGUGUGGAGCAACGAGAUCGUUCAGCUCUUCAUCAUGCUGGGGAACGACCGUGCCAAUGAGUUCUGGUCUCCACGUCUCUCCGUCUCUGAGGAGAUGGACUCUGACGCCGUGCCUGAGCAGCGCCGCAACUUCAUCAUCCAGAAGUACCGGGAGGGCCAUUACCGCCACCCCCACCCGCGCUUCAGCAGCCAGGACCAGCUGCUCAAGGUGUUGUGCACGGCUGUGACAGAGCAGAACCUCCUGAAGACCGUCACUCAGAUCUUCGCCGAGGCUGAGGUGGUGCGGUUGGCCGUCGCCAACGGUUACGACCGCCGCUUCCCCCCUGACCUGGCCGACAGUUCAGACCCGGGUGUGUACGAUGAGAUAAUGCAGGCCGUACUCCAUUCCGGGUACCUCUACAAGUCCGGCUCCUCGGGUAGAGGCACCCUGUCACGCAAGACCAGAGAAGAUUUCCAGAAGUAUUGGUGCACGGUGGACAAGUCGUUGCUCCUCUACGAGUCGGAGCGCAGCCCAGACCCUUGCAUGCAGAUCUGGGUCAAGGACAUCCUAUGUGUCGGCGUGAGCAGACCCCAGACCAGCAAUAACAACAAUGGCUUCAUCGACAGGUUUCGCUACACCUUUGAGGUGUGCCUGAGCUCGGAGAAGCUGUACCAGUUUGGCCUGGAGACUCCUGAUGCCCUGCAGAGCUGGGCCAAGGCCAUCGGCAAGGCGGCUACGCCUCUCAGCUGCCAUUGCCUGCUGACGCGGGAGUUUGAGCGUGUGGGGGUCCUACGCUACAAGGCCAUGCUGGACCCCCAGUGGAAGGAGGCGUACUUUGUGCUGCAGAAGUCCAACCUGUUCAUCUGCCCCGGGAACGACGGCGCGGCGGAGGACAUCAUCAACCUCAACCGCCUGCAAGAGCUCAGUACGACGUCAGAGAGUGAGCACCAUGACAAGAAGGACAUCCUGGUGCUGGUGGAGAAGGGGAGGACUCUCCACCUGCAGGGUAUGGGCAGGGCGGACUUCGCCCUGUGGUACUCGGACAUCCAGCGGGCUGCGGGGGGGAAGGGGAACACCCUGAGGGAGCAGCAGCUCAGCCGCUCAGACAUCCCCAUCAUCGUGGACAGCUGCAUCGCCUUCAUCACCCAGUACGGCCUCGGCCACGAGGGAAUCUACCGGAAGAACGGCGCCAAAUCCCGGAUCAAGCUUCUGAUGGACGAGUUCCGCAAAGACGCCCGCAAUGUGAAGCUGCGCAUCGGGGACAACUUCAUCGAGGACGUGACGGACGUGCUGAAGAGGUUCUUCCGGGAGGUGGAUGACCCAAUCUUCAUGGCCGAGCUGCACCCUCUGUGGAAGGAGGCCGCCAAACUCCCUCAGAAGUACAGCCGGCUGGACCGGUACAAGGAGAUCAUCCGCAGCCUGCCCAGAGUCAACAGAACCACACUGGCUGCCCUGGUUGGACACCUGUACCGCGUGCAGAGGUGCGCGGACCUGAACCAGAUGUGCACGAAGAACCUGUCUCUGCUGUUCGCCCCCAGCCUCUUCCAGACAGACGGGAAGGGGGAGCACGAGGUGAAGAUCAUGGAGGACCUCAUAGACGAGUUCCUGUACGUCUUCGAUAUCGAUGAGGAGCACCGCACGCAGAUAGAGCUGGAGAUGAGCCUCAUCACGACGUGGUCGGACACGCAGCUCUCCCAGGCAGGAGACCUGAUCAUCGAGGUCUACCUGGAGAUGAAGAUACCCGACUGCUGCAUCACCCUUAAGGUUUCUCCCACCAUGUGUGCUGAGGAGUUGACCAACCAGGUGCUGUACAUGCGGAACGUCCCGGCCGGCGACAAAGACGUAUGGAUGUCGUUCGAGGCCAUCGAAGACGGACAGCUGGAGCGUCCCCUUCACCCCAAGGAGAAGGUUCUGGAACAAGCCCUUCAGUGGUGCAAGAUGGCCGACCCCAGCUCCGCCUACCUCGUGGUCAAGAGGGUCCCUAAAGGAGAGGGCAUCAACAUCCUGACAUCCUACAAGAGUGAGAUCAUGAAGUUCGGCCUGCUGAAGUGCCGCGAGGAGCCGCCCAAACUUCUCCAGGGCACCCGCUUCCAGGAGAGAUCCUUCCAGAUCAAGGACCACAAGCUGCUGCUGCUCAAAGACAAGAAGAGCAUUAAGCCUGAGAAGGAGUGGGCUCUGAAGACCAUGAAGAUCUACAUGGGGAUCCGUAGGAAGCUGAAAGCCCCUGGCAGAUGGGGUUUUACAGUGAUCUCAGAAAAAGACAAACACCAACUCUACCUGUGCUGUUGCUCUGAGGCGGACCUGUGGGACUGGGUGACCAGCUUCCUCAAGGCCCAGAACGAUGAUCGCUGCCCUCCCGUGUUGAGACGUCACUCCUCCUCCGACAUCUCCAAGCAGAAGUUCGGCACCAUGCCUCUCGUACCGAUAAGAGGAGACGAGAGCAACUCCACCAUGCUCUCGGCCAAUCAGACGCUGAGGAAGUUACACGCCAGACGAACACUCUCCAUGUUCUUUCCCAUGAAGGUGCAGCAGGACUCGGUGGAGGAGCGUCCCGAGGGCCCGCCCCCCCCCGCCCCCCCGGACCCCCAGGAGCCCGUCUACGAGGAGGUGGGGGACUUCGGCCUGCAGGUCCUCCACUCCCUGGAGUCCAGCUUCCUGUCGGGCCGGCCCCCCGGCCCCCCGCCGGGCCCCCCGCCGGGCCCCCCGCUGGGCCUGGUGAAGACCUGCUCCCUGGACUCGGACCCCGGGCCCCCCCCCCUCCUACCGCUCCGCCGGGGGGUCCCUGGACACGCUGGUCCAGAGCGGCGCCAGCAGCUGUGACGGGGACCCCGGGUCCGGCCACAGUCUGGACUCUCUGUCCGGGUCGUCCCCCGACUCCUCCGUCGUCCUCCUCCACCCGCAGGCGCAGUCGCACCCCGCGGCCAGGAGGGGGCAGCAGCGCCAGGGGCUGUGCACGCCCUCGCAGGAGCUGCUGCUGCGGGAGCUGUCGUCCGUCUUCAACAAGGACCCAGAGAACGGGGACGAGAGACACUACGACGGCUGAGAGAGAGAGAGAGAGGGAGGGGGAGAGAGAGGGAGGGAGAGGGGGAGGGAGAGAGGGAGAGAGGGGGAGAGAGGGAGGGAGAGAGGGAGAGAGGGAGAGAGGGGGAGAGAGAGAGAGAGAGAGAGAGGCUCUAAGGGGUACAAGGGGUACAAGUCGCCUCACUGGCAUCCUGAAAUGUUCCCACAAUGCACUUCUUGGUUCUCACGUUCAAUCUUUAGUGAUCUUGCAGUCGGUGAUGUUGAUUUAGACUCAACGCACGGGGAUGGGAACUCGCCGACAGCGUCGGUGCUCUGCUCAGAGACGACCUCCAACAGGGUGGGGUUGGAGCAGGGUUCUGACGGACGUAGAAACACCCACCAACGGGGACGAAGCUGUCGGAACACGUGGGAUAGUGAUAUAUGUGAGUUACUGCCACACACUGUUUUUUGCCUGAUUAUCUAACCGAAUGAGACACUUCGAUCAAUUGUGAAUGAAACGAUGGGAUCAUCUUUUGUAAUGGCUUUAAUAACCCAGCUUUAUACAGAAAUCGAUCCCAAAAAACUACUGACUAACUAUAUUAAAGUAUCUUAUCAGAUGGAUCGGAGAAGUAUGUGUAUAUUGUAUAUUUACAUCCUAUUAUCUAUUCGUAACAGAAACGGCUGUACAAUAGAUGUAUAUCGAUUUGAAGAUGUAGUCUGCACACUUGAAAUACGUUCCUAUUAUAUCGAGCCCUAACGUUGUUCGACCAUACAUAUCAUAAAGAAAGGAAGUGGGGUUCAAGUUGAACCAUAAUAAAUAAAAGAACAUUCUUAUUUUUGAAUGAAAUGGCGAUCUGCUAGCACUAAUUGCUAUGUCUUUGUAAAAUUAAAUGUAAAUAGUAGUGAGUGACUCACUGAGAACAAAAAUCAAGGAAAUAGCUUUACUUCUCAACAAAAUAAAAGCUUGUUAUGUUUUACCUGGUCUGAUACUGGUAGGUUAUCAAUCCCUUUAGGAAGGAGAGAUUUAUUUUUUCAUCUCUCAUUUAUUUUUAUUUACUCACGGCAGUUCUGAUUCACCCAACUAUCAUUUUAUAUCCGUUAAUUUAUUUAUGAAAUCCAUAUGUGGUUGCAGUUACGCAUUGUGACCACUAGAUAUCAGUAUAGAUCUAUUAUUGAUCUCCCGAGAUCUGCAUACGAUGGCGUUCAAAGAAUAGCACAAAACCAACAGUAUUACAACAUUGAUGUUCAAAAGGGAGUGAGAGUUAAUGCAUUUGUUUAACUAUUCUCUUAAAAUCGAGCCAUAAUAUGGCUAGAGCUUCGAUGUAUUUUACUGAUGGAACUGAAAAGUACAAAUACCACUUAAUGAUCUUAAAUGCUUGUUUGCUUGCUUUACGAUUCAUUACUCUUACUUUGUUAUGUAUAUUUAGUAUGAUUCAACACUGCCAGCUUUUUGCAUUUUAUGUUCAGUGGGGAGAUCUUGUGUUGCAUGUGUGUCCUCUUACAAUGCUAUAAAACAUACACAAAGGACUUUAUUAAAAAGUGCAAAAGUC